UGCAGCGUCUGUUCUGAUCUCGGCUUCCUGCUCAAGGAACGUAAGGAGACAGACAGCAUCUGUAGGAGAAAACAAUGUCUUCAGAUAGCCAAUGGCCAGCAGAGGAGGAUGAAGGCCAGUUGUCCCGACUGAUCAGGAAAUCUAGAGACUCCCCCUUUGUCCCUGUAGGGAUAGCAGGCUUUGUGGCUGUGGUGUCCUAUGGUCUUUACAAGUUAAAACACAGAAGAGAUCGGAAAAUGUCCAUUCAUCUUAUUCACAUGAGAGUUGCUGCCCAAGGAUUUGUUGUAGGAGCGGUGACUCUAGGUGUUCUCUAUUCUAUGUAUAAGGAUUACAUCAGACCUCGAUUCUGCAAUAUGCCCAAAAAAUGAAGCUACAUAAAGACAAGAAGCCUUCUGAAAACUAGUUCUUAUGAAGAAAUUAUUUUCAAUCUGUGGCAAAUGUUUGCUGCAGAGGUAUCAGAUAGACUUCUCAUAGUCUUGGUAGUAAAUGUCAAUUGUUUAGGACAUUUAUUUCAAAACCAUCUAGCAUAGUCAGCUCAAAAAUAUCUUUUGUGAUAUCUUUUCAAACCUAGCACAUGAUUUUUUGACUUUUAACUUUCUAGCUAACAGCAGAAAAUAAUCUAUAUUAUGUCAAAACAACAUGAAAAUUAGGAGUUAGUAAUGGGGGGACCACAGAACUUUUCUAUGAUCCUGAUAAAGGUGACAUUUUAUUCGUCACUUGUGAACAUAUCUUUCCCCAAAUAGAGUAAAGUAUCAAGACUUCCAUAAGCUAAUUUUUAGUAA